AUGUCGCAACAGCGGCGCGUCUGUGCCGUGUGUGGCAGUCGGCGCUUCCGCCUGAUUGCCUCGCAGCUUGUGUGUGAUGCGGGGCAUAUACAGCGUGACUUUCGCAUUGAAGCAGCUCAUGAUGAUGAUGGCUUUGAUACCCAAAUAACGACUCGGACACGUUCUUUGAACCGUGCCUCGCAGCGCGAUAGCGAGCGAGCGGAGAAGCGCCAGAGAGCGCAUGAACAACGCCGAAAAAUUCAUGGGCGCACGAUGUAUGUGAUCCCUGGAUCUUUCGAGCAUUUCUCGUUGUCAGACCCGGAUGCCGCACGCCUGCAUGGGCCGCGUGUGAUGUUUGCCAUCGUGCAAGCCUACCAACUGAUUCUACGUAAGCAGAUUGAGGCCCUGCGCAAGUACAUGGGCGAUGACUGCCCGUGUAUGCUGGAAGCAUACGCUCGUGACUUUUGGGCUAUGCACGUAUCUAACCACCAUAUACCCGCGGCGCCGUUGGAAGCAGCGCGAGACGCGGCAGAGCGACGAGAGCGCGACGUGCGGCGGAUCAAGCCCGAGUGCCAUGACUCUGCUCGGCGUGGACGGCAGAGGUACCAGGAUGAAAGCGAUGUGACGUGGCGCCUAGAGCCUGUCACACUCAAAUCGACCUUGGCCAUUGUGUUUUUGGCGUGUGUGAUGUGUCGUGUCCCCAUUACACUCGGGGAUAUGCGGAAACACGUCAUCAUGCGUACAUUGCCGUACCUCAAUGCGAUUCGGUAUUUGCCCACGUCGCUUACGGAUUCGCUGUCGCUUAGCGACCUGCAGUUUGGUGGGCUGGACACGAAUCACGUCCCUAGCGUCAUGGAGCUGCACCGGCGCGUGGUGGACAUAAGCUCGGUCCUGCAAAAGCAAUGUGGCGUGAUGUGGCCUGAAAUGAAUGCGGCACCGGUCCUCAGUCGGUACGUCCAUGCUUUUAUGCUGCCAUCGACGUUGUAUGUGAUGUCCAAGGCACUGCUUACGAUGUUGCGCAUUGACAUGCACGUCCGAGGUGCUGCGACACUGACGCCCAAUGCCGCGGCUCGUGCGCGUGAGGCGCAGCAUGAUAAGGAGUGGCUCUCAGCAUCGUGUGCCUUUUCACGCAAUACACUUGUGCCGCGGUGUGUGAUGCUGAUGGCGGUUUUGAUUGUUGCCAUCAAACUGCGCUACGGACUCGAUGGUAUGGAGCGGCAGGAAGUGUCUACGACGGUGCAAGGACGCCAGAUCUACUCUGGUGCCCCGAGGCAGGCUGAGUGGCUCGAUGCCGUAUGUGCAUUGCAUGACACCAGUCAUUCGACGAGCUCCUUUGCGCCGUGGGACACCAGUGUAGAUGUACUCACUUUGUCAGAAGAGGACAUGGACACAUACCUUGAUUUUGUGGAAGACAUGUACUUGCCCACUCAUAUACCCGCCAGUCUUCCUCUUCGGCGCCGUGAUGACGUCGAUGACUUGAUACCCUGUGAACCACCUGCGCGUCGUGAACGUGGCGACUGGCUAGCGUAUGCGCGAUACAUGGAGGCGCAGCAUGCCGAGCGGCGCAAGCAGUUCGAGGCUGAGUUGUAUGCUGGCGAGCCGACGACCGAGUGUGAAACGGAUAUCGCACCCGGCGAGGCUUAUGCCCUGCACACGCACGAUCCUGGCGGCACGAUGUCACGCGAUAUGCAUCGUGUGCUUGAAACAGGGAUGCGCAUCGUUGGGUUGGACACGCACCCCUUGCCGACGUAUCAGCCAAGCAAUACGGCAUGGACGCGACCGCAUGACCAAGACGUCCUGCUGGACUGCGUGAUGCAGCUGGAGGAAGCCCUUGUCACGACCCUGAUGCGCCGGCGUCGAAGGUAG